GAGACGGGGUCUCUUUUUUUACUUUCUCUCUCUUUCCUCUCAAAAUAAUCCUUUCCCAAUUUCAAUAGAGUCAAAGAUGAAGAAGACGAAGAACAGUGAAAACCUAAAAAUUCAAUCUAGAAUCUUUCAUUUACCUUGAUCUUCUUCUACUUGUUCAAUUGGUAAUUUCAAUUUCACCCUAAUCCAAGAUUAUUAUUGAUUCAUAAAGUUAUUAUUUGAGGAAUGGUGAUUAAAGCGGCGGCGAAUCAAGAAAAUUGGGGGGAAAAUCAAGGGAGGUUUAUGAAUGGAGGAGGCUAUUCAUCUGUAACCGGCAGUGGCGCCGCUGCUGCUGAUGAUGAUGCGGGAUCUCCAGGCGCUGUUUCGGGGAAAAAGAAAAAAAGAGCGCCGGCAGGAGGAGGAGGAGGUGGAGGGGGUUAUAAUAAGGCUGGUGGUGGCAGAGGACUGCGUCAAUUUAGCGUCAAAGUGUGCGAAAAAGUGGAAGCCAAGGGCAGAACAACUUAUAAUGAGGUUGCGGAUGAGCUUGUUGCUGAAUUUUCAACAACAGGACCUGACAAUCCACAAAAUUUUGAAGAGAAAAAUAUACGGCGGAGAGUGUAUGAUGCGCUGAAUGUUCUUAUGGCAAUGGAUAUUAUUUCUAAAGAUGAAAACAAGGAGAUAGUAUGGAGGGGACUGCCUCGCCCUGGCGCUGGUGAUGAGCUUAAGGCUGAAUGCGCUGGCAUAAGAAACAGAAUUGCAAGCAAGGCUGCAUAUUUGCAAGAACUUAAGGAGCAGUUUGCAGGUCUUCAGCAUCUGAUACAACGGAAUGAGCAAUUGUGUUGUUCAGGGGAUGCUGCUGCUGCAACUAAAGGGGGUGUGCCGUUGCCUUUUAUUCUGGUGCAGACGCGUCCACAUGCGACUGUUGAGGUGGAGAUAUCAGAAGAUAUGCAGUUGGUGCAUUUCGAUUUCAAUAAUACUCCUUUUGAGCUGCAUGAUGAUAGCUUUGUUCUUAAGUCGAUGGGAUUCUGUGACAGUUCUCCAGAGAAGAAUGAUAUUUGCACUCAAGAAUCUGCUUCCAACGGAGGUGAAGGUUCCAAUAUUGGCACAUCUAGAACGCCACAGGUAAACUGCCAAAUUCCCCCUGUUGCCAGGAAUGCUAAUAUAACCAUGCCUAGCAUGAACAAAUGUAAUUUCCAGUAAGCAAAUUUCAUCUUGGUAUUGGUGGCAGCUGUUGUUUCUCUAGCCAUUUUGUGCAUUUUGUAAAGUAAUUUGGCGAAAAAUGGUGAUGCAAUGCUAUUUGGCUGCCUCUAAUAGAUAGCUAUUAACCAGUUGAGGAAACGGGAACCAUAUGGCAAUUUUUCAAUA